CGACGCUAUCGGGUUGCGCUAGGACUGUCAAGCCACCGCGCAUGUGGGAGAGAGAGUGCGAGAGAGAGUGUGUGUGCUAGCGAGCGUCAGACGGCGCAUCUCUGGCGCGCGUACCCGAACCCAACCAUGGCCCCGCCCAGGAACGAGCGCAUCUUCGAGCCCAAUGCGUCCAUCGUGCUCGUCGGCUGCCGCGGGGCAGGGAAACGCACCCUGGGCUUUAUGGGCGCACUGCACCUGCGACGCCGCCUGGUGACAGAGGACCACUACUUUGAGAAGGUCACGGGGCUGACCCGCGGCCAGUACCUCGCCAAACACGGCAGAGAGCUCUUUGCGCGCCAGAACAUCAACGUGUUCAAGCGCAUGCUGGACAUGAACCGGACCGGGUGCAUCAUUGAGUGCGGCAUGGCCAGCCUCAGCGACGAGGCCCAGGACGUGCUGCGUGAGUACGCGAGGACGCACCCCGUGGUGUACAUCCACCGCGAGAAGGAGCAGAUCGCCAAACUCAUGGAUGCCGCCGACGCCCAGCAGCUGCUCGAAGCGGACCGCACACAUCGGAAUUGCUCCAACUUUGAGUAUUUCAACCUCUACGACCCUUCCCCCAGCUCCGCCCCUUCGUCCGGGGGGACCUCCGGCACAAGCACCCCGAUCAACGGAGAGCAACCUGGGCCCUCGAAACUGCUCUGCGUGCAGGAGGACUUCGCGCGCUUCCUCGACAUCAUCACGGGACGUGGCGCAACCAAGGCGUGGCUGGAGAGCCCCUUUUCCGUCGCUGCAAUCCCGCCAGAAUACCGCUCCUACUCAUACGCCCUCCGGCUCCGACUCUCUUAUCUGAUGGACAUGGACCUGGAGUGGGAGGACUUCGAGGCCAAGGGAGACUGCGUCGAGCUGAUCAUUGACCACUGGCCCGACGAUCUCUGCGGUGUCAUUGCGCGGCAGGUAGCCUUGAUCAGGAGGAAACUGGGCGUUCCUAUCAUCUACCACGUCGAAGAAGACCCCCGCGGAGAACGACGGCGGCCGCCAGAGGAGAAGAACGCCAUGGAUUCGGAGUUGCUGGAGCUGGGUCUCCGGCUCGGCGUCGACUACAUCAGCGUUGACCUGCAGCGCGACGAGGCUUUGGUGCACCGCGUGUUGCAGCGGCGGGGGCGAUCGAAGGUCAUUGGAAACUACUGGUACAUGGGCUUACACGCGCUCCCAUGGCCGGACGAGAGGCAGAUGGAAAACUAUAGGCGCGCGCAAGCUCUCGGCUGCGAUGUGGUUCGGCUGGUCCGGUUUUGCACCAACGACAGCCCGGUCGAGUUGCUGGAGGAUUUCAAAAGGCGCGUGCAAGAAACCAUCCCUGACCCGAAACCGCCGCUCGUGGCGUACGACAUCUCCGUGCUGGGGGUCAGGACCCCCUUGCAGACGCGGAUCCUAGGGCCGGUGAAACACCCUGACAUGGAGAACGACCGAGACCACCUCGCCACAGUAUCCAACACGCCCCAGUGCAUAGAGAUGCUCUUCCGCCAAUUCCUGCUCGACCCGCUGCAGUUCUACGUCCUCGGCGCCAACGUCUCGUACUCCCUGUCGCCGGCCAUGCACCACGCGGCCUACGAUUCCUCGCUGAUGCCGCACACCUUCCAAGCCGUGGUCUGCUCGACCCUCGACAGCCUCAACCAGAUCUGCUCUGCCGACACAUUCGGCGGAGCCUGCCUCACGGCGCCCUUCAAGGUCGCCAUCAUGCCGCACCUCAAAGUCAAGAGCCACCACGCGACCGUCAUCGGCGCCGUCAACGUGCUGCUGCCGCUGCGCGGCCGCACGAGCGCCAUCCUCGACCACGCCAACUCGCGCAACAAGGCCGGCCCUGUCCGCGAGUUCUUUGGCGACAACACCGACUGGAGCUCCAUCCUGACCUGCCUGCGCCGCGCCAUCAGCCCGCGCAACCACGUGCAGCCGUCCAGGACGACCGGCCUGGUCAUCGGCGCCGGCGGCAUGGCCCGCGCCGCCAUCUACGCACUGUACCAGCUCGGCUGUCGCAACAUCUUCAUCUACAACCGCACCGUGAGCCACGCCGACGCCGUGGCGCGCCACUUUAACGAGUGGGCUGCCUCUCAGGCCGCCGCCGUCGCCGCGGCGGCGACUGCUAACGGCACCGCAAACGGCGGCGGCGGCGGCGGAAGCCCCGGAAUGAACGCCGCAUCUCCGUCCAAGGACGUCUGCCACGUCCUGCCCUCCCUGACUACCCCCUGGCCGCGAAAUUACCAGCUGCCCACCAUGGUCAUCUCGUGCGUCCCGGCGACGAGCGUCGACUCCAACCCGCCGGCGGACUUCGUCAUGCCGCUGGACUGGCUGCGCAGUCCGACCGGCGGGGUCGUGGUGGAGCUGGCCUACGAACCGCUCGUCACGCCGCUCGUCGCCCAGAUGCGCGCCGUCAGGGCCAACAUGUGCCCAUCCUGGGUCGUCGUCGACGGGCUCGAGGUCGUCGCCGAGAUGGCCAUCGAGGCCUUCGAGCUCAUGACCGGCCGCCUGGCGCCCAAGCGGCUGAUGAAAGAGGUCUGCCGCAAGACUUGGGAGGGCCAGCAGCAACAGCGGCGGCGCGGCUUGCCGUGAGCACGGCGGGUGGUGGGUGGUGGGUGUUUGGUUUGGUGGGGCGGUUGAUGGUUGGGUUGGGUGGGAUGGAUACCCGGUGUUGGGAA